ACUUCAGAUAUCAAGGAUUUGUCAGUGGAGUAAGUCGGAGAAAGAAGUAGGAACUUUGAAGCCAGAAAAUUGUAUAUAUUAUACAACAAAUAUACAAAAAAAAAACUGAAAAAAGCAAAACUUAAACCAAGAAAAAGAACUUAAGAAACAAAACAGAGAAAAUAAGAUUUGAAGAAAAUUAACAAGAUGAACCUCUUUCUUCAAACACUCGCAUGUUUCGUUUUCGUGUCAGCAGUAUUUGGACAAGGUUAUCAAGGACGCCAACGCAAACCAAACGUUAUCCCAAAGAAACCUUUACAUACAGGAGAAUUUGAUCCAUUUGCUAGUAGAUUUGACAAUGGUCUUGACAGCCUAAGAAGAGGGGGUAUGUUCGGCAUGCCAGAAGACAUUCAAAGAAUACUUGGCAGUACAGUAAAUGGGGGUGUAAUGAUGGGUGGAAUGAAUGGAUUGCCUCGACAUGGUGGUACGUUGAACUCAGAUGGUUUGGUCAAUGGUUGGGGAGCUGACAUUAAUGAACCAGUCAUUCCUGCUGUUCAAAUGUGGAAUGAUCCUUUGAACGGUGCUGCUUUUCCGGAAGAUUAUAGCGGUCAAGAAUUGGUAUUUGAUAGGAGAUUAAACAGAUAUGUUAUUAAGCCUAGUGCGUCAGUUGGACAUCAAAUUGCAAAAGAAGCUCAUGUUGUUCCUACCGGUCAUAAAAGCGUGAAAGCUGAACAUAACAUGGUCAAGGAAGCAAACCAUAUAGAUAGAAAAACAUUAGGUGGUGCCAUUGGCGGCAUAGGAGGUCCCAUCGGCGGCAUGGGGGCAGGACCAUUUGGACCUACCGUUAACCGACUUGGAACUGUCAAUGCUGGAGAUAUAACCGUUGAUGACCCAAGAGUUAUUGCCCAUAAUAUCGGAGUUGCUACACUUGGUGCAGAUGCUGUUGCUGGUCACAACAUUGCCAAAAACUCUGGUACUCCUGUAAUUCGUGGAUUUAUUAACCCACACGGCCCUGUGUCUUCUUCAAUAGAGCACGAUAUGGUUAAAACAUCUGGAGUUGUAGCAAAUGAUCCUUUCGGAGUUGGAAUUGAUCCUUUAGGCCAGGUUGCUCAUGGAAACAUGAAAGUAUCAAAUGGAAGACACAUUGGAGUUUCAAAUUUUGGACCACUUAAUAAUGGCAUUGGAAUGCGUCCUUUUGGAGUAAUGGGUAAGACAGCAGAUCCAGUCCACAAUGUAGACAAAGUUGGACAAUCUGGAAUUGCAGGUAUCGGUCACGACCCACUUGCUGCAUCUUUAGGUCAUGGAAUUGCAAAACAAGCCAUAGGUGAAGCCGCUAAUGUUAUAAACAUGGGAUCUAGAGGUGGUCUUGCGGCCGGAGACCCGCUUGCUAUUGCUGCCACAAACGGUCUUGUAAGGGAGUCUCUCAAUGUUGCUGAUAAAACGAUUGCUAUGGCUUCGUCUGGAGUUGGCGGACAUAGAGGUAUCGGUGCCGGCAUGAGUAUCUUUGGUCAAAAUGCAAUGAUUCACCCAACACCAGUGAAGAAACCUCCUCCAAAAUUCCCGACUGGAUAUGUAGGCCGAAGAAGGCAAUAAAACAAUAAAUGGCGCUUCAUCCAAGACUUCUGUGCAAUAUCGUCUGCUGCCCUCGAGAUGGGAAGCAACUUCUGCGAAUCCAACUACAAUAUAAAUAUUGUGAUAUGUAUUUCCAAUAUAUUUGUAAUAAAUUGUAAUAAAUUUAUUAAUAUAAUUAAAAUAAUAUAAAAA